GUGUCAACAAGCAAAGCGUAUAGGCUCCGCGUCGCUCGCCAAAAUAAGUUAGUAAAACUGUUUAAAACGUUGUACAGUAUGCUUUAAUCGAUAGAUUAGAAGCAAAUGCAUCAGAAGCAAGUGUUUGUGUAAAGAUAUUUGUGAAAUUGGCGGCAGAAAACAGUGCGCGUCGUUCUGCUCCAUAGGAGAACGCUACUUUUUACGACCGUGUUUAAACCAUCAAACUUAACGUUUCACACUGCGGUAAACUGUGUAGAAGGUGAAAACCGGUGCAAAGAACAUAUUUUAGCGAAAACUGCAAGCGAAUCGGUGCAUUUUUGAUCGGAAUAAGUAAAAACAACACUCGUCCUACAGCGGUAGACUUUUGACAGCUGAUUUGCGCGCCUGUUCUUCCGCGUGUGUGUAUUUUGAAUUGACCGUUAGCGACGCUGUUUUCAAAUUGACCGUUAAAAACUUUUUACAAAGUGUUAUUGAGCGGAAAUUUUGGGGAAAAAUCUUUACCGUUUGUUAGUGUAUAAGGAUCUUUCGGUUUGGAAUUAAAGCAACUGAAGCUACCCACAAUAAAUCACGAAUACAUUUUGGAAUGAAUCCAUCAAAGGGAAAGGCUUCAUCCAGUGGAAAAGGGGCUAAAAAAUCGACGCGGAGAGCCUCGAAGUUGGCGUUGAAGGCAGCUAGAGCUAAACUAAGAGUAGAGGAUCUUUACGAAGACCCAAGGUCCGGGUAUGUCUCGACCUUCACUCAGAGUGAUAUCGACGAAUUGUUUUCGUACGAUUCGGCAUCGGACCUAUCCGAAGACAAUUAUGAUAAAUUGGCCGGCGACUACGACUUGUUACUGAAUGACGUGGAGCUUUUGGAGGCCAAAGAGAAGUUGUGGAACUCUGAGCGAGAAGCUCUCCAGAAGCAGAUUAGUUUGUUGAAGUUGGAGUAUGAGGUAAUACAGAAAAAGGUGACAGAACUCGAAUCACGUUUGGAUACGGCCACUAAUACAGCACAAGCUGGUACACCAGCACCAUCGACAAAAUCAUUGGCAAAUGCGACACAGGCUCCAGACGUAAUUGCUCCAGCAAUAACACCAGCCGCAACCGAGAAAAAAGCCUCUGAACAGUGUUCAAAAAUUGCUGAAAAGGAUUCGAAGAUGACCGAGGAGCAGCAAACAGCGACGGAUGACGGAAAACCGACUCAGGCAAAGUCGUCUAAAAAAGCGAUCUUUAAGCCGGCGCCAAAAAAACCCCUCUCAAAAAAGGGCCAGAAAAGGCUAACCCAGGAUGUGCUCUAUGUUACCCCAUUGCAGGAUAAGACGUGGCUUGACAUGUAUCGAGAGCUUCGUGGUUGUGCAGAACUGUUGAAGGAACCGUUUAUGAUAGAUCGCCCCAGACGCGUCACUCACGCAAAUGGCGCUGAGUUUCUGCUUGUGCCCAUCAAGAGGAAUGCUGACACGGCGGUGGUGGAGAAGCUGGUCAGAGAGUCCAUUGGAGACCUCGGCAAGGUUACGAAGAAGACCCCGAUGACAAUGAUCACCUGUAAAAAUCUGGGUGUAUCGACUGUUGCUGAGGACCUGCAGAAGGCCAUUUUCGAAAAGCACGGUGUAAACGUGGUGUUGGCCAAUGUUCAAUUUCAAAAGUCUCGGAAAGGUAAAAGUCAACACGCGCUGAUCAAACUAUCGGUUCGCGAUUCAAAGAAGUUGGAUGGACGAAAGCUGCCUAUCGGAACGACAACCGUCACUUUCCAGACGGAGCUGCCAAAAACAACGGAAGAGGAUCGUUGCUUCCGUUGCAUGGGGGUGGGCCAUCGGGCACCCCAGUGCGAGGAGACACACUCCUUAUGCUAUCGGUGUGGAAAGGAUGGUCAUCGAGCAGCCGAAUGCAAGAACCUGCCAAAGUGCUUGACCUGCGACGGCGGGCACCCGACUGGUUCUCGUAAAUGCAAAAAGACGUCAAAACCAGAAGAAGCAACGGUUCAAGCUAGUGAGUAAGCGAAACCCAUUGUAUUUCGGGGGCUAUGUUCUCGGUUGCCAUUGUGACACAAAACCUCUUGAGCCGCGUUUAUUAUCGUGGAGGGAAUCGGACGUAUUUGUGGUUUAAUAAAGAUAUCAUUU